UGGCUGUUAAUCAAGCAAUUUUGAUUUUUUUAAAUUCUAAGGGAAUMGAACGUGGAUUGGAAGAACAGGGAAUCGAGACUGAGAGUUAUGACGCGGUAAGCUAAAUGUUCAGCUACUUGCAACGCUGUUGACAGAGUUCUCCUGUGAAGWGGAAGAGGAAGAGGAAGAAGAGGUAAGUUGUAACUAUUGUUUAUCAAACAUAAACCAAUCAUAUCGUCUAUGCAUUGAUCCAUCAGAUCAAUUGACAGAGCAAUYAAAUGACAACAACAAUAACUUUUUUAAGAMGACUCUAAAUGCAAUUCCAGGUAAAAUCAGCCCUCGCAGUUAGUCUGGGACUAYUGGAGGCGAGGGCGAUAARAAAACUUAUAACAUUAGAUAGCGGGUAUAAAAUAUCAAAAAUUCACRCGUUUACGGGRAAAAAAGUGAGCGAUAAGAGGAAAGUAUUGUAAUAGUGUCCGCAGAAGUCUGGGCCGAGUCAGUGUUUUUAGUUAGUCGAGUGUUGUUGUAAAGUUCGGRUUCUUAGUGUAUAGCUCUGGUUUCUGAUCGCAAUAAAGUCAAGGAAAAAGGAUCACAAAGGGUCCGUGCAGGUCCUUAAAUCCUUGAAAAGUGCUUGAAUUGAAAACUGGUUUUCAAGGGCACUUGAAACUCCUUGAAAAUUUGAAAAUUUCGAAAAAGUCYUUGGAAACUCCUUGAAAAAGAUAGAUCUCUAUCACGAAGCGCUAGCGAUCUSUGAAUUCCGUUCGGCUGAAGUUUGUGAGGUAAGAAUGUACAAUUACAUGUAGCAUGACUAUGAURUUCCAUGAAAAUACAAUGUUGGUCCUUGAAAAGUCCUUAAAUUUCGUUUUUGAUACUCUGCACGAACCCUGAUYACAACAAAACGUUACAACUGGUGGCAGCGGUAAAGUCAUGUCACAAGAAAAUGAAGUACAAUUUSGGCCGCUCAUCGACGGAUGGCGAAAUUAACCCAUUAGCCGCCACGGCUACCUCACAAAAGAAUACAUUAAUGGACUCACAACCACAUUCUACUCCAAUAAAAUACCAUGACAUCGUUGAAGGAAGCUCACCUAGUUAAUCUCAGCCCGACUUGACCAGUUUGACUCAAGGCUUUCUUCAAUGGAAAUACUCGAGAGCCUGGGUCCAUGACGAUUCCACGAAGAGGAAAGAAACUAGAGGAGAAAUGCCCCUUGUCAACGUUCAGAAUACGUUUUUACCAAAUGCUCCAUCGCCACCAUCUUUGAUUCAUCCCAGUCCCGCGCGUCCAAGCGAAACACAGGCACCCCAUAACGACAACAAGAAAUUCGUUGGAAACGCAGCAAUUGAAGAAAAACCUAAAGUAAAGCCCAGUACCUACAAUGGAAGUACUCCUUCGGAAGAUUAUCUGGCCCAAUUUGAACUUGUAGCGGAAAUAAAUAAAUGGAGCAUGGCGUCAAAAGCCACCUACUUAGCUGUGAGUUUAACUGGUUCUGCGCAGGCUGUUCUUGGAGACCUCGCUCCUGAAGCUCGCCGAGAUUUUUCUGAGCUUACAAGUGCACUCGCGGCAAGAUUUGGAACUGAGAACCAACAGGAAGUCUUUCGUUCAGCCCUAAAGAAUCGGUCAAGGCUGAAAGACGAAAAACUCCCAGAGCUUGCGCAAGCCAUUAGAAGGCUCACACGUCAGGCAUACCCCGAGGCUCCACAGCCGCUCCGUGAGACCUUAGCCCGUGAUUACUUUGUGGACGCCUUAGUUGACGCAGAUAUGAGAUGGAGAAUUCACCAAAGCAGGCCUAAAACCCUAAACGACGCCCUUACUGUUGCUGUUGAGCUGGAAGCCUUCUUGGAAACCGGUCACCCCAGAAAACAAGUGCAUGCCGUAGCUGUGGAGGAGAGUCCAGAUCAAGGUGCUUCAGCUGCAUCAGACCUCAAAGACAUCAAGAGCCUUCUCCAAAAGCUACUUGAUAAGCCACGACCCUAUGGUCAGUACACUGGCUGUCACACCUGUGGUGAUAAAGGCCACUUUCAGCGAGACUGCCCCAAAAGGAGAAACCAAGAAAGUCCAAAGCUUCCGGGAAACGAGAAACAGCCGGUCCCUCGGGGCUGAGCCCGGCUGACAUCCAAAGCGCAAAG